UUCUUUAUCUUUAUCUACUCCCGAGCGAGAGAGAGAGAGAGAGAGAGAGAGAGAGAGCAGCGCAGCGAUGAGCAUCCAAUCCAGCUUCUAUGGCGUCCGGCUUCCGAGUUUGGUGGCCGUUCCAUCACCAAACCCUCCCCAGCCCACCCUAAUCCGAGCAAAAUCGGAACCUUCUGACAAGUCUGUUGAGGUGAUGAGGAAGUUCUCAGAGCAAUAUGCUCGUCGAUCUGGAACAUAUUUUUGUGUUGACAAAGGAGUUACUUCUGUUGUUAUUAAGGGUCUUGCUGAUCACAGGGACUCAUUGGGAGCACCUCUAUGUCCUUGUAGGCAUUAUGAUGAUAAAGCUGCUGAAGCAGGGCAAGGAUUUUGGAACUGCCCAUGUGUACCUAUGCGUGAAAGGAAGGAAUGCCACUGCAUGCUUUUUCUGACACCUGAUAACGAUUUUGCUGGAAAGGACCAGAGCAUCACCUUGGACGAGAUCAAGGAAACAACAGCAAAUCUGUGACCUAUUAGCACUUUGUUCCUUCUCCCUUAUGUAAUAGCUUGAAGAUGCCAGGCUUUCAUGUAUAUAUUUUCCUAGUUCUAUACUAAAUUCUGCUUCACUUACUGAAUUUUUGUCCGAGUUUUCUUCAGUAUUCUUCAUAUGAUAUCUUAAUUUCAUCGGCAUUUUAGUGUA